UAAUUUUGGCAACAAUUCAAAACAUUCCAUUAGCUUUACAUUGAACUGACAGGUCGUUUGCUCGUUUGGAACUGGGAGCUGUCAUUCCAAACGAACAGCUGUCGCCACUCUGAUUAUAGUCACUCUACUGAGACCAAAUACUGCGAUGAUUCUCAAAUUGUGAAAAUUAUUUCCACUUGAUGUUCCAAAACACUAUCUGCUGUAUUUGAGGAAAAUCGACAUAUUAUUGUGAGAAAAUCGGCUCAGGGAUCUGAAACUUUCGGACAACUAACAAGCUGAUUUUUGACGUUCUUAUUUUAGUCUCAUCAAGAUGAUACCGUGACAGGAAGCCGGUCUCUCUCUUUAUUAUACUCUCUCUUUCGGUAAUUGCGGCUAGGGAUGUGGGAUGCUUUGAAUUUCUUGAUUAUUUCGAUAAUAUAAUUUUCAAUCUAAUUGAUUAAAUUUUACUCGAUCUGUUAAUUCUGGAAUACUCGAUAAAUUGUUCGAUUAUUAUUAUUGGAUUCUUCGAAUAUUUCGUAAAAUCGAACACAAGUUUCAAACUAAUCGAUUAAAUUUCAGUCGCUUACUAGCUUAUUAAUCGAUUAGUCGAUAAAUCGAUUGACAUUCCGGGCUGUGAAAUUUAAUAAAAAAAAUAAACAAACUGCAAUCGGAACAGAUUAAGAAAAUGCGUCGCAGAGCUGGAAUAGGUGCUAUUCAGAAACAAAAAUUAGAGGCCGAAAAGUAUCGCGAUAAAGGUUCGGAGUUACAAGAUACACAAUUUGAACAAAUGGUGAAACAACUGGAUGUACUCAAAGAACACUUGGAAGAAUUUGCGGCGAAAUACAAAUCUGAGAUUAAAAAAAAUGCAAAAUUUCGACGACAGUUCCAGGAAAUGUGUGCAGCAAUCGGUGUUGAUCCAUUAGCAUCUGGGAAGAGCUUUUGGAGCGUACUUGGUAUGGGCGACUUUUAUUAUGAACUUGGAGUGCAAGUGGUGGAAGUUUGCUUAGCAGCGAAUCACGUUACUGGAGGAUUAAUAGAGUUGAAUGACCUAAGAGUUCGACUUGUAACCGCAAGAGGCCGGAAACAAAUUCAUCAAGAAAUUACAAAUGAAGACAUCCUGAUUGCAACGAAAAAACUUAAAAUUUUUGGUAAUGGAUUCACUGCAUAUCCUGUUGGAAAAGAUCUUUAUAUGGUGCAAUCAAUUCCGGGAGAGUUAAGUUUACAAGAGACAUCAGUUUUGAGCGAGGCUGCAAAUCAAGGGCAGGGAUUAAUAACUAUUACCAUGCUCGUCGAUAAUUUAGGUUGGACUGAACUUCGGGCUCGACAAGCUGUAGAAAAAAUUCUUUCUGAUGGUCUUGCGUGGAUUGAUAAACAAGGAACGGAAGACAUUUAUUGGUUCCCAAGUUUAUUUCCUGAUCGUCGGUGAUCUAAAAUUUAUAAGAAGAAAAAAUAUUCUAUGUAAUAUAACGCGUUAUAAUAACAUUAAUGGCAUUUUCGCUUAAAGCUAAACCCAACUAAGGUUCUGCCCUAACUGCUGUCAAAUGUAUGAUUGUGAUAGCGGUUUUGGUCGGAACUGGGUUAAUUUUGGCUUCAAGCGGAAAAGGCAUUAGAAACGGAAUGAUUUUCCUGUCAAAUAAUAAUAAUAAUAAAAAAACGUGCAAACACCGAUGAUGACCACGUUUCUACAUGUUUACAU